AUCCAUAUCAUUUAUUCAAGAAUUUUAUAAUCAGAAUCUCAACAAUGAGCAAUAAAAUUUUGUCCCUAGCACUCAUGUAUUAUUUUGUUUUAAUUAUCGCUGAAAUACGAUUUGUAAUAUCAAAGCCAAUAAACCAAGGAGAAAAUAAUUCACCAAUUCAAAUAUCGUCCGUCAUUUUGACAGUAGAAGAUAGCCAAAGAUAUUCAUCUCCAGAAUCAAAGCCGGAAUCAAAUGGGAAAUAUAAAGUAAACGGCGGCCGCGGUGUCGAGAAGAAAGUUUAUUCUGAAAUUCAUAGCAACGAAUUUCUCAGAUUUGUUGGAGCAGUUGGAAGUGGACAUAUUUAUGUUCCAACUACUGGUGACAAACAUUUUGCAAAUGUGAAUGAUGGUUUGCUUUCAAUUGAUAGCAAUAAUUAAUUUUGUGUUUAUAUUUUAUUUGUUUAACAGAUGAAAUACUAAUCUAUGUACAUACGUAUAAACUAUAAUUUUUAAAUAUUA